CACCUAACCUCCAUUCAUCGAGCUUCUCCGAGCCCGACUGUAUAGUCAGCUGUACCUUUGUACCAUAUUAACAUGUCCAACCCGCCACUUCUUCUUCCUCCUCUUCGCUUUUCGACAACAGACACAGGCAUCUACCGCGGUUCAUAUCCACAUCCAUCCAACCUCCCUUUCCUCCGUCGUCAGAAGCUGAAGACGAUCAUCUCGCUGACCCCCAAACCGCUGGAAACAUAUCUCUCAACUGAGCCGUCAGAUCAAGAUCAGGCUCAGAAGGACGAUCCGCACCAUAUCGCCGGAAAGAACGCUCAAAUUACCACCUGGUGCCGUGACCACGGGAUAACACUGAUCCACCUCCACGUCGAAGCCGGUAAAAAGAAGAAAGAGCUAGGGCUCUCAACCACCACAGCUCGCUCCGCCGUCAACCUCCUGCUCGACCCCACAAACCACCCAAUCUACAUCCACUGCUUGAACGGCUGUGAAGUCACGGGACUGGCUAUCGCGUGUUUGAGGAAAGUACAGGGAUGGUCGUUACCCAGUGCGAUGCAUGAAUACGGAAGGUAUGCGCUUGCUGCGGGUGCGCAUACGAGUUUUCUGGAGGGGUUUGAUGUUGGUGCGGUCCGAGGUGAUGGAGCCCGAAGUGAAGAGGAUAGGGAUGGAGUAAAGGAUGUGGAGGUUGUGAUAACGAAAAAGGAGGUGGAUAUCAAGGAUUAAUGGCAACAAUAAGGAGAAGGGAGACAAAUGGGAAGGUUUCAUCGACAACCAACGGGCUGCAUGGAUUCUGUUCCAUUAGGAAGAUUGACUCGUCCUAUCGCCUUCCGGGAAGAUGAGCAAAGCAGUUCAUCCCGAUAUCGACCCCUGAGCGGGUUGAUCGUCAAGUUUACAUGCGGAGUUCAUCACCUUCACUGAGCGUGCGAGUAUGCUACCUUUCUACCGCGGCAUUGUCCUGCCAACGGCAAGACACAAUUGAAUGAUACGCGCCUCUUCGUCACAGACCGUGACCAGGACCUGCAAGAACAACACGAUAACGACUCGUUGUUAGCAAACAGCAACCGAGACAACCUUGUCCAGAUCACAAGGUCUACCGCCGGCGAG